UAUUUUGAAAGGAAGUUAAUGUGGACUUUCGCGCUGACUUUUACGCAAGUCGGACUCGCAUUAGAUGUUUUACUAUUUGUAAAUGUAUACCUAACUAGCUAGCUAGUUAUUGACAGAGAAGAGCAACACAUGUUAGGGGGGUUCGUUCCAUAGCUCGUAGUGGCAUAUAAAAUGUGGACACUGAAACCUUUAGAAUCCGGAGGUAACUUUUGUUUUGCCCAGCUCUAGCUAGCUAGCUAUCUUAGCCAUAGCGGAUGACCAACCCAUCAGCUAACAACAUGAGCUAGCUAGCUACAUUUGACAGCUCGUUCUAGUUGUUCGCUAGCUAUGUUUCUCUGUGUAUUUUGGAGUAUCAGAAUACGCGCUUAGAAGAUGAGAAUCAAACCUGUUACAGUAGCUAUUAAAAAUGGUUUGGGUAGCUAGCUAUCUAAUUAGCUAGUUAGUAUUAUUCCUAUGACACACUUUAUCAAAGUUACACCUAACUAGCUAACGUGCAGUCUUACACUGUUGCAGUUGGUAAUCUUCUAUCUAGGACAUACAAUAUGAUGAUUAAGCCCUUAAUCAUCCUCCAGUUGUUUUGAAUAAGAACAUGACCUUUCUCACUAUUCCAUCUCAUGACAUGUCCUGUCCCAGCUGUCACCCACUACCUCCUGCCAGGUAAGGAGUAUGUGGUGGGGCGUAAGAACUGUGAGGUCAUCCUGCCCAAUGACCAGUCCAUCAGCCGGGCUCAUGCUCACCUUACCGCUACAGACCAGGUGAGCGAGAGAGAGAGAGGGAUAUUCUGUAUUAGGAGUAACUGUAUUUUUACUCACACACAAACCCUACACACCCACUUAACCAGAGCACUACCCUACAACUCUAAAUACUUAACUGAAAAAUAUAAAGGCUGAAUGUGAGCAGCCCUACAUUCUGUCUCUAGUCCAUCAAAUGCUGUCAUAUCUCUCUUGCAGUAGAAGGUGCUCUUGCACUGUUCACUGUCUUUACUUGCCUGCAUGAAUCUUAUAGACAGAGCUGGGUUUUUUUUUUGUCCUAAUGCUGUGCAUGUGUUAUAUAAGGAGACACUAUCAAAAUCCACGUCUUGUAUUGUUUGGUUAAGAGAGUUUUUCAUAAAGUAGAGGUCUAUGUAACCAACAGACUGUGGUUGUGUUGUGUCAUGUGCCAGACCCUGACCCUGAAGGACUGCUCUAAGUAUGGGACGUUUGUUAACGAGGAGCGUCUGUCAGGUGACACCCCUCGCAGCCUAACGGCAGGGGACAGAGUGACAUUUGGGGUCUUCCACAGCAAGUUCAGGUGUGCACCCAAAUUUACACAAUGAUAAGUAUUCAUAAGAAUUGUGAUGCACACAAUAAUUUGAAAUCUAUGUCCCUCUCUCCAGUGUGCAGCAGGUAACGGUGGUGGUGUGUUCGUCCUGUGUGGAUAAUGAAGGGAAGGUCUCUCUGUCUCAGGCCCUGCAGCCUCUGGGUGGCCGACUGGCCAACACCUGGACACAGGACUGCACUCACCUGGUCAUGCCCACUGUUAAAGUCACCAUCAAGGUCAGCACAUGACCACAAAGUGUGUGUGUGUGUGUGUGUUUUAAUUCAUCUGUACAUACAGGAUGUGCUCUCUCCCCAUGCAGACUAUCUGUGCGUUGCUGUGCUGUCGGCCCAUAGUCAAGCAGGAGUUUUUCACUGAGCUCACCAAAGCCCUGCAACAGAAACAACCACCUCCAAAAGCUGAGAGGUACUAAGAGACACCCGACACACACACGGCUGAUGCUCACCUCCACAAACCGCACAAUAACAGCUGCCACUUCAUCCAGGCCUCAUUUUAUAGACCUACAGUGCAUUGGGAAAGUAUUCAGACCCCUCGACUUUUUCCACAUUUUGUUACGUUACAGCCUUAUUCUAAAAUGGAUUUAAAACAACAACAAAAAAAUAUCUACACACAAUACCCCAUAAUGACAAAACAAAAUCAGGUUUUUAGAUUUUUUUGCAAAUGUAUCAAAUAAAUAAAUAGCACAUUUACAUAAGUAUUCAGACCCUUUACUAAGUACUUUGUUGAAGCACCUUUGGCAGCGAUUACAGCCUCGAGUCUUCUUGGGUAUGACGCUACAAGCUUGGCACACCUGUAUUUGGGGAGUUUCUCCCAUUUUUCUCUGCAGAUCCUCUCAAGCUCUGUCAGGUUGGAUGGGGAGCGUCGCUGCACAGCUAUUUUCAGGUCGCUCCAGAUAUGUUAGAUUGGGUUCAAGUCCGGGCUCUGGCUGGACCACUCAAGGACAUUCAGAGACUUGUCCCGAAGCCACUCCUGCAUUGUCUUGGCUGUGUGUUUAGGGUCGUUGUCCUGUUGGAAGGUGAACCUUCGCCCCAGUCAGGUCCUGAGUGCUCUGGAGCAGGUUUUCAUCAAGGAUCUCGCUGUACUUUGCUCCAUUCAUCCUACCCUCAAUCCUGACUAGUCCCCAGUCCCUGCCGCUGAAAAACAUCCCCACAGCAUGAUGCUGCCGCCACCAUUCUUCACCGUAGGGAAGGUGCCAGGUUUCCUCCAGACGUGACACUUGGCAUUCAGGCCAUAGAGUUCAUUCUUGGUUUCAUCAGACCAGAGAAUCUUGUUUCUCAUGGUCUAAGAGUCCUUUAGGUGCCUUUUGGCAAACUCCAAGCGGGCUGUCAUGUGCCUUUUACUGAGGAGUGGCUUCAGUCUAGCCACUCUACCAUAAAGGCCUUAUUGGUGGAGUGCUGCAGAGAUGGUUGUCCUUCUGGAAGGUUCUCCCAUCUCCACUGAGUAACUCUGGAGCUCUGUCAGAGUGACCAUCGGGUUCUUUGUCACCUCCCUGACCAAGGCCCUUCUCCCCCGAUUGCUCAGUUUGGCCGGGCGGCCAGCUCUAGGAAGAGUCUUGGUGGUUCCAAACUUCAUCUAUUUAAGAAUGAUGGAUGCCACUGUGUUCUUGGGGACCUUCAAUGCUGCAGACAUUGUUUGGUACCCUUCCCAGAUCUGUGCCUCGACACAAUCCUGUCUCGGAGCUCUACGGACAACUUCCUUCGACCUCAUGCCUUGGUUUUUGCUCUGACAUGCACAGUCAACUGUGGGACCUUUAUAGACAGGUGUGUGCCUUUCGAAAUCAUGUCCAAUCAAUUGUAUUGACCACAGAUGGACUCCAAUCAAGUUGUAGAAACAUCUCAAGGAUGAUCAAUGGAAACAGGAUGCACCUGAGCUCAAUUUCGAGUCUCAUAGCAAUGAUUCUGAAUACUUAUGUAAAUAAGGUAUUUCUUUUUAUAAAUGUGUAAAAAUGUCUAAAAACCAGUUUUCGCUUUGUCAUUGUGGGGUAUUGUGUGUAGAGUGAUGAGGGAAAAAAAAUAUUUCAUCCAUUUUAGAAUAAGGCUGUAACAUAACAAAAUGGGGAAAAAGUCAAGGGGUCUGAAUGCUUUCCAAAUUCUUUGUAUAUGCCAAUGGAUUAAAUGGAUACUGCGAGGUAGACUAGUUAACAAUGGCUCGCAAAACUACUUUUAACUUCCUUCAUACUGGUCGCAGAGACUUCUAAAUGGUAUCCAUGAGUUAAUCUGACUCUAGGCAAGUAGAUAAAGAUAAUUGCCCAAAUCUCUCACUAUCCCUUUAACCUUAUUGAAUGACUGUUUGUGGGUGUUAAUAGUUUCUUCCCAGAGAUAGAUGAGCCCAGUCUGAAUAAGGAUGAGGUGGACCUGACAGAGAGGCCAGAACGUAAAGAACUUUUCACUGACAAGACCUUCCUCUUCCUCAAUGCCAAACAGGUACUGGCCUGCCUCUCUCUCACUCUCCAAACUUUCUCUAUGAAUAGCCGUUAUACAAUCCCACGUUACAGAACAGCCCUCGCCUCACAUGGCUGCUUAAUGUGAGAGUCUGAAUAAAUCAAUUAAGGGCUUCCAUUAGUCUUUAUGGCCUGAUUAUUGCCUCCUGAUCAACAUUUGACUUGGAUAGAGAGCUCUUCUCAUCAGCUAGGAGACCAGGUAAUGAUGAUAGGACAUUUGUUAGGUGGUUGGUUAUGUGUAGUCACUUAGUUGUAUUCGGGGAAAUAGUUGUUAAAAUCUGUGAUGUUUUUAUUUUCUCUCUCUUUCUCACUCUCUCCGUCUCUCUGUCUCCGUCUCUGUCUCUGUCGCUCUCUCUUUGUCUCUCUCUCUUUCUCACUGUGCCUUUCUCUAUCUCUCUCUGUCAAUCGCUCUCUCAUUCUCUGCCUCAUUCUCAAUCUCUCUCUCUUUCUCAAUCUCAAGCUGCUUUAUUGGCAUGAAAAACAUUGCGUCAAUAUUGCCAAAGCAACAAUGUAUACAAUAUACAUUAAGUGUACAAAAUGUGCUCUUUCCAUGACAUAGACUGACCAGGUAAAUCCUGGUGAAAGCUAUGAUCCCUUCAUCUACGAUUGAAGUGGAAUUUACAAGUGACAUCAAUAAGGGGAGGAGACAGGAUAAAGAAGGAUUUCUAAGCCUUGAGAUAAUUGAGACAUGGAUUGUGUAUGUGUGCCAUUCAGAGGGUGUUUGGGCAAGACAAAAUAUUUAAGUGCCUUUGAACGGGGUAUGGUAGUAGGUGCCAGGCGCACCGGUUUGAGUGUGUCAAGAACUGCAACGGUGCUGGGUUUUCCACGCUCAACAGUUUCCUGUGUGUAUCAAGAAUGGUCCAGCCAACUUGACACAACUGUGGGAAGCAUUGGAGUCAACAUGGGCCAGCAUCCCCGUGGAACGCUGUCGACACCUUGUAGAGUCCAUGCCCGACGAAUUGAAGCUGUACUGAGGGCAAAAGGGGGUGCAACUCAAUAUUAGGAAGGUGUUUGGUAUACUCGGUGUACAUUAUAAUAAAAUAAUGAAUAAUAAUAAUAUAAAAUGGUAGUAAAUAAUAGAAAUAACAGCAAUAAAAUGGUAACAGUCAAUAGUAGAAAUAGAAAAAUUAAAUUAAUAAUAUGGACAAUAAAAGGCUAAACAUGGAAAAUGAACACGCUACUAUUAUUACUACUAAAAUGAAUGCUACCGCCACUAUUAACACUAAUACUACAACUAUCCCUACUUCUACCAUUACCACUAGAAGCAUUUCUACCUCUGUCUCUACCUACUAAAACUAUAACUGUCAUCAUCACCAUUACAUCAGUACUACUACCAUCAUCAUUACAACUACUACUACUAUCACCACCAUCAUUAAACUACUAUCAUUACCCCUACUACCCGUACUACUACUAUUUCGAAUAAUAAUCACGACAAUAAUAUCAAUAACUCUCUCUCUCUCUCUGCCUCUUUCUCUAUCUCUCUAUCACACACUCAUACACACUCACUUGUUCGUUCCUUCUCUCCAGCAAAAGCGUCUGAGUUUGGCAGUGAAUUGCGGAGGUGGGAGGAGCCAGCUCCUGGAGGAGGGGUCUGUCCCUGUGUCACUCCUGGAGUCGCCUUUGAGCUGUGUGAUCAACAUGGCAACGGGAAAUUCCCAAGCACUAGUGCCCCCCUCCACUAAGAAGUGGGCAGACUCUGUGGGGAGGAUUCUACAGAGGUACACACACUGCAGUAUCAUAAAGACAGAGUGCAGUUUGAGUGUGUUCGAUACCUAAAAAGGGAGAGAAUUGUGGGGGGUUGAAUGACACAAACAAUUGAGACAUUCCUGAAGCUUUUGAGACUUGAGGCUUUUCCUAUGUAAAUUCACUGUUGAAGGACUGCUGUUAGGGGUUUACGCUUAUUCUCUGAAGCUCUGAAACUAGACUAACUGAUUGGGUCAGCACAGUCUAUAUUUACCAUCUCUCACGCUCUCCAGGAAAGGUCUUCGGUUCAUCACAGAGUCUGAGAUCGGAUUGGCUGCCAUCUAUGUCAGCUGUGACAAGUACUGUAAUCCCUCCAAUCAGAUGGCUGACUCAGGUGGGUGGGGCUCUCAGGGUGGGUGGGGCUCUCAUACGGUGAAUCAUAGUCUGUUUAAUUUGAGUUCCUGAUUUUAUAAUGAUAUGGACUUAUGGAGUGGAGUCAACACUAUUGUAUUGUUGUUCAUGUGUUUUUUUCCCCUGGUCAGAAUCCAUGAGAAUGAAACCCACCAUCCCCGGUGCCACACUAUCCCAGAAUGCACCAGUGGAUGAGACGGUGCUGCCAGCGGCGUCUCAGAACAUCACAGCCUAUGCUGUAAACACCGAGCCCUCACAGGGCAUCAGUGGGUAAGACACACGCACACACAACCUGAGCUCCAAACAACCAGUUCUACUUGAGUGUGUCAGGCUGAUCUGUGCUGUCUUAUCCCCGGGUAGGGUGGAUGUGGCUGGGGUGAGUGCAGUUGGAGAGACCCCUGAGAGGGACCAGAGCCGGACAACCUCUCGUCUUGACCGACCCAAACGCUCCUCAGGCAGAGAGCUGGCCGGGACCUGCACAGUGGCAGAGACUAUGAUGUCAUCAUUCAGCGCCUCAGACAGCGCUGGUGGUGGCGGCUCAGACAGAAAAAAAGGAGAGCUACAACACCCAGGUAGAAUGGUUUCUAAUGACUUAGGCAGAGUGGGUGGGUGUCAGUUACAGUAGUAAAGUUCUGGCAUGGGCCAUAUAAACUGAAUACAUGUGUCUGCUAAAUGACAUUGUAUUAUCAUGAUAUUAGGUGGAGGGAAAGGUGAUGCUAUCACCAGAUUCCUAGCCACUGCCCCUCGGACCAUCGGGGGAGUGCAGACGAUAUCCCAACAAAAGCGCUCCUCCCAGAAACAACAGGUCUCGCAGAAAGGUUCCCCCCAGAAACAGUCUGCCCUCACAAGUUUCUUCCAGCCUGUCGGCAAGAAAAGGCAAGUGCAGUUCUCUGGAGAUAUCCAUACAAUUCCACACAGAGGCUUAUCAAUCUUGAGUUAAUGGUGAUAUUAUAUACAGACACCAAUGUUUUCUCUCUCUCUCUCUCUCAGACCUCGGGAAGGAGAGGAGUCCUCUACUGUCCAAUCAGAGGCCAAGCUCUCCAGGAGGGAAGAGGAGGAGGAGGAGAAGAGGAAGAGGACAGUACCACAGCACACGGAGACCUCCAACACCACACACACACGUGCUCCCUCAAACACCACCACACACACUCCUUCUGCCAUGACACACACACGGGCUACCACACACACCCCCACAGGCAGGUCCCAGGGCCAACAGAGCUCAGGAGCAGGUCAGACUGAGGCUCUGUCAGGGGGGGUCUCCCACCCUGCCCAGCAGGGGCUCCAAUCCAGGAAGAGGAAAGAGAUGGAGGAGGAGACGAAAGGGGGUGGGGCUUCAGAGAUAGAGAUGGACGAACUGGAGUCCAUCAUGUCUGAGGACAUGGACGAAUCAGAUGAGCCCAUGUCAGCCAGUCAAGGCCAGCGGUCGAAGCUGACGGACAAGAGCUCAAUCAAUAGAAAACAGCUCCUAAAGACAGUGGAACUUACCUCUGCCAAUAAGAAACAGCGGGUUGAUCCAGUGGAACCAAUCACAGCCUAUCAUAGGUCAAGCUUGGAUUCAGAAGAGGGCUCGUCAGCCAAUACAAGACAGCGAGCGGAGCCUGUAGCUGAGGUCAAAGAGGAAGAGGUGUCUUUCAUUGAGGUGAAAGGAGCUGUCACUGUGUGUUGUUAUCAUAACGUACAUAAUAAAUUGAUGUGUUUCUAUCAGGACUGGGGUCAAUUCCAAUUGAAGCCACUCAAUUCAGGAAGUGAUUUUAAUUUAAAAUGUAAGAAUGGAUCGCUUCUACUUCUCAGUUUCUCAGUUUCAUUGAAAAUAUAUGCCUUUUUUUUUAUCGCUGAAUUGGAAUUUCAGUUUACUUCUGAAUUGACUGGCUUCCCCAGCCCUGGUUUCUAUUAUGUGACUAUUAUUAUUAACUAUCCUUCAUCUUCUGUCCCCCCAAGGCAAAACCAGUUAGUGGUGUGGCCCCUGGUCAUCUGGAAAAGCCGGAGACUGAUACCAAACCCUCCAAACCUGCCAAACAAAAGCCUCAGUAAGUCCUGUCUGUAUCUGUCUGGAGUAGGGGCCAGUGGAGAAGAGUUAGUUCUGUCAGUAACUGUGUACUAGAGGGCCGUGGAGAAUCGAGGCUCGUCAGUACUGGCUCUGGAUAGGGGACAGUGGAGGAAUUGGCCAGCGUGUCGGGUAGGGGAGGAAGGCGUCAGGUGUCAGUAACUGGUCUGGAGUAGGGCCAUGGAGUUGAAGCAGGGUUAUGGUACUGUUCCUGGAGGGGGCAGUGGAGAAGAGUAUGUCCGUCAUAACUGGUCUGGAUAGGGCUGCAAUAAGGAAAGAGUAAUGAUCUGUCAGGAAGGGUCAGGGAGUAGGGCAGUAGAAGAGUUACUGGUCGUGAGUAACGGUUGGAGAGGGGAGUGGAGAGUUAGGUCUGGUCAGUACCUGUUGGGAGGUUAGGGCCGUGAGAAGUUAGGUUGUCAGUAAUGGGUCUCAGUGGGAAGGUAGGUUGUGCAGUAACUGGUGAUGGGCAGUGGGAGGUAGUGAAAUUCCUGCAGUAGGGGCCAUGGAGAAUGAGUUAAUCCGUCAACUGUCGGAGACGGGGCCAGUGAAGACUAGGACUGCCCACGGAGAGGCGCAGCCACUGGCAAGGAGAGGUUUGCAAACGGCUUGGUAGGGCCAUAAACCACGCCCCACGGAGACGCACAGCAACGUCAACAUGAAGGACUUCAAACGCUUCCGCAAGGUAGACCCCAGAAUCCACCUCACCACAACACAGGGUCAUGGGACUCUGUAGCUUAGUGUCUCUGUUUCUGUGUGUGUGUCUAUGUGUGUGUAGUAAUUCAUGUGGAUGUGUGUUUCAGGUCCCAGUGCCCGGUGCCCAGGGUUUGCCCAACAUCAUCGGAGGGUCAGACCUGUUGGCCCACAACCGGGGCAAGAACUCUGAGCUGGAGGAGUGGCUGAGAGACGCAGCAGAGGUACACAGUCCUACUUCAGCUGCUUUUUACUACAAUACUUAAUGUCUGUUUAGCAACCCCUGAGACACACAAACACUCCUAGAAGAUAAGUACAUGGUAUUUACCAUGAAAUUGUGUAGUAACGGGGUGAAGGGGCUGAGGCUGGGUAGAGAGGAGAUGGAGGGGCUGAGGCUGGGUAGAGAGGAGAUGGAGGGGUUGAGGCUGGGUAGAGAGGAGAUGGAGGGGCUGAGGCUGGGUAGAGAGGAGAUGGAGGGGCUGAGGCUGGGUAGAGAGGAGAUGGAAGGGUUGAGGCUGGGUAGAGAGGAGAUGGAGGGGCUGAGGCUGGGUAGAGAGGAGAUGGAGGGGCUGAGGCUGGGUAGAGAGGAGAUGGAGGGGCUGAGGCUGGGUAGAGAGGAGAUGGAGGGGCUGAGGCUGGGUAGAGAGGAGAUGGAAGGGGUGAGGUGGGUAGAGAGGAGAUGGAGGGGUGAGGCUGGGUAGAGAGGAGAUGGAGGGGCUGAGGCUGGGUAGAGAGGAGAUGGAGGGGUUGAGGCUGGGUAGAGAGGAGAUGGAAGGGUUGAGGCUGGGUAGAGAGGAGAUGGAGGGGUUGAGGCUGGGUAGAGAGGAGAUGGAGGGGCUGAGGCUGGGUAGAGAGGAGAUGGAAGGGUUGAGGCUGGGUAGAGAGGAGAUGGAGGGGCUGAGGCUGGGUAGAGAGGAGAUGGAGGAGCUGAGGCUGGGUAGAGAGGAGAUGGAGGAGCUGAGGCUGGGUAGAGAGAUGAGGGUGAGGCUGGGUAGAGAGAUGAGGGCUGAGGCUGGUAGAGAGGAGAUGGAGGGGUUGAGGCUGGGUAGAGAAGAGAUGGAAGGGGUUGAGGCUGGGUAGAGAGGAGAUGGAGGUGUGUGGGUCUGUGAGUCAAAGCCCUGUGUCUGUGUGUUUCAGGAUGAGCGUCAGAGCAAGAAAGAGGAGACUUUGGGAGAUGACCUCUUCAGGUACGAGUCAAGGCUUGUUGGGCUGCAAACAUCAAAACAAUCAACCCAAAUCAAUGGGGGUCACAUUAUUUCAGGUGGAGGGCACCACAGCCUACAGUACAUGAGGUUUGGAGCCAGGCUGGGAAUGGGGUUAAGGGAAUUAUGGGAAUGAAUGUGGAGUGAUGUUGCCCCCUCCAGCCCCCAAGGUAGAAAAAGUCAGCCGCUCCAUCUGCAGCGGAGCAGAAGGGUUGGAGCACCCAGCUUACACAAACAUCACAUUCCCAGGGGGCAUUGCUCCGUGUUCAAGGACGUCACUACCAGACACAAGACAACAGAGCCAUACAGGCUGACGCACACAGGAUGAAUGGGACUAAAGGCUCUCUGCUGAGCUCUUCAUUACUCCACACUCAUUCAUUCAUCUAUUCAUUCCCCUAACCCCAAUUUAAAAACACAAAACAACAUUGACCGCACAGCAACAUAGCCUUGGUUGUAGCUGUAAUCCAACCAACAUGGCUGAUCUCAGGUUUUGAUUCUGAUUCACAUACAUUAGAGCUGUAUUAUCCCUCAAGGUUAAAUGAGCUGGUCCCCUGCAUACAUACAAUACACAUCAACACCAUUUUUGGAUUCGCCUGUCAAAUAGUCAUCUGAAAGGAACGUUUAGACCAAGACGCACAGAACCGAGAGAUAAACAUUCCUGAUGUGAGUGGGUGGAUCUUAGUUUUGGCUUGUCACUGACCAAUCAGUGCCCAGUGGUUCCUGUGUCACAGCUGGUUGUCUGGGUUAUGCUGGUGAUGUAUGUGCAUGUUAAGGCUGCUACAUUUCCCCUUGGUAAGCAGAAAAGGGGUGUGGUUUGUGUGUGCACGCCUGGAGCGAGCCUGUGCUGUUUGAUCAUUGAGUCAUGAUGCCCACUCAGUCAUGCAUGGCCAGAGGACAGCCCCGGGUACUAAGAAAACAAGCUGCGGUUUUAUGUUUUUGGGUCCGGCCCGAACCCGUCUCCCAGACUUAGUUUAUUGGGAGGAUGUUUGGUUUGAGCUCUUCAAACACGGCCAGAAGUUUACAGCGCUGGCUUAAUUUGGGCUAUUUUUAAUAUUUGUCCAAAAUGCAUCCAGGAUUGAUCUAGCAGGAAUGUUAAAAGCCUGAGUGUCUAGGUGGAUGUCUGGCUGGCCACUGCCCCGACUUAACCCGUGUGUGUGUGUGUGUGUGUGUGUGUGUGUGUAGAUACAACCCCAAACCCACCAAGAAAAGAUGAGAGCACCUGGAUGCAACAUGUGAAGCCCUGCAGACGAAUGGAAUCUUAAGACACAGGAAGGGAUGUCAACACCCCAUGGAAUGUUUUGCGCUUCUAGAAUUGUUAGUUUGAUAGAACUGCCAUCUCCGCUCCACUAAUAAUGUUAAUGAAUGGAUCUUUUAGUUAACUCUUCAUCAUUGUACUCAAAAUGACCAGAGGGGCCUUUCAAUGACAAAUGUUUAAACAGUUUUUGUCAGUGAUAGAUGUGGGCAUAAAUGUCUAACUUUCUAUGUACUGUACACUAAUUAUAUACCUUGAUUUAGUCACUGAUGGCGAGCAAUGUAAACAAAUAAAUAGGUUUUACGUUUCAAUAUAUUUUUUAGAUGUUUAUUUGUC